CAUGUAAGUCAAUAACAUCUUGGAAUUGGGACGCACUGUUUUCCGGACACUGCUGGCCAGUCCCAAGAUGGAACAUAAGGAGGUGGUCCUUCUACUUCUUUUAUUUCUGAAAUCAGGUCUCGGAGACCCCCUGGAUAACUAUGUAAAUACCCGGGGAGCUUCCCUGUUUAGUUUGACUCGGAAGCAGCUGCUGACAGGAAGCAUAGACGAAUGUGCAACAAACUGUGAGGAGGAAAGAGACUUCAUUUGCAGGGCAUUCCAGUAUCACAGUAAAGAGCAACAGUGUGUGAUAAUGGCUGAAAACAGCAAGUUUUCCCCAGUCCUUAGGAUGAGGGAUGUCGUUUUAUUUGAGAAGAGAAACCAGCGAAUGGAGGCGCUAUGGUGUAGUGAAAUUGAAUUUGGAGUCAGAAGAUUUGGCCACUAACCCACUACGUCAGCCUGCAUAUAUGACUUCACCUUUUAAGUUUCAUUUCUCUGGGUUUAAAAAUGAAGGGAUUGGUACUGAGCCUGCGCGUCUGGAGCCCAUGCUCCGCAACAAGAGAGGCCAUGAUAGUGAAAGGCCCGCGCACCGCGAUGAAGAGUGGUCCCCACUCGCCACAGCUGGGGAAAACCGUUGCACAGAAAUGAAGACCCAACACAGCCAAAAAUAAAUAAAUUAAUUAAAAAAAAAAAAUGAAGGGAUUGGAUUUACAAAAUCACUUCCACCUCUAUGACCCUGAAAAUAAGAUACUGAAAAUUUUAUUUUAUUUUUAAGGAGAAGAGGGAGAGUCUACAGGUUUCUUAUGAUCUUGGUUUUUUGUUCUGCAGGGACCACGGUCCUUGGUCUGAAGCCUGGAGAAAUAGCAAAACUGAGGUGUUUUCAAUCUGCAGUAACAUUUGAAUAGAGAAAAUAUCUUUAUUUUUACUCUUACAUGUUCCACUUUUUUUAAGUCAUGGUCUGUAUUUCCCUUAGACUCUGGAAUGGUAUCUUUUGAAAAUGUGCAGAAGUUGCAGUUCCUUUCCCAUAGUUUCCUUGAAAACUCUAGAUCUUUCGUUGUUUAGGAUCAUGGGUGGCCUAGAUUCCUACGGAAGUUGCAUGUCUUCUAAGAUGUGUAAAAGUUCAUUAAGUCUGUACGAAGAUUUAAGUGAAUAAUGAUGCUUUCAAAACUAUUUCCUAUUCUCUGUUGCUGGAGAGGUAUUAAGACUACUUUGAUAACAAUUUUACUCUCCAAAUAGUCUGUAUCAGAGGUGUUGAACUCAACCAGAAACAUCCUAUUUCACUGAUGCUUGACAAUGGCUUACAACAUUCUAGUUUCCCCACAAAACUCUAAAUAACAUUUUGAGAAGUGUUUUUUUAGGUUAGGAUUCUAUCUACACGUUGGUUCAUCUUCUUAGGUUUAAUUAUCUGUGCGUCUGCUAUACACACUUCCAGCCCACUGUUUAGCUCUAAUCCUUGAGUCUAAAGUGCAGAUUACAUUUGAAGUUUAUCUGUUGACGUUACUAGUUCUUACAAACAGUAAAGGAAGAGAUAUAUGGGAUUACCCACUGUCCGUCAGAUUUUUUAAAAAGGCUGGUGGGAUACUCUCUGCAAAAUGCUAACAUUUAAACAUGUCCUUUGUAAAUUGUUAACCAGAAGGACCAUGGGGGUGACCGCUAGGCUUAGUUUGGAUAGUUGAAGAGUUGGCUGUUUUCAAGGUGAUGGAAAGGAGCAAAAGGUUAUAUAAACUCUGGCGGGUACAUACAAAUAAAAGAGAGGUAAAAAGUCAAAAGUCAGUCAUUUGUUGGUGCUUGUUUCUUUACUGUGGAAUAUUGAUCCACUGUUAAAUUACCUGCCAAGGUUUUUCUGGGAAUGGUCAGUGUCAAAUUAGUUACAUCUCUACUUUUGCCACCGUGGCCACUGCUGCCACUUGGGUCUAAGCCGCCAUCAUCACUGGCUGUGCCACCGCAGCGGCUGGUCUGUAACUUCUCUGCUUCAAACCUUUAGUGCCCUAGAAGACAAUCGAAAUACUCACCAAUUGCUGCAGGGCCCUGCAUUAUUUAAGCCUACCUCAUGUGCUGGGCUUAUAUCUGCCCCUCCUCCAGCAGGGCAAGCACACACCUCUUCGUCCUGGACCCUCCUCUGUUCUUCCGGCUCCUUCUCAUCUCCCAAAUUUCAGCUCAAGCAUCACCUCCUUUGAAAAGUCUCCCCUGACCCCUGGCCUCCAAAGUACCUUGAGUUUACCUUUUUGAUAAGUGUAAUAUAUCUACUAUAAUAAUAUAUCUCAAUGAAGAUAUAUCUGCAAUCUUUAUAUAGAACGUUGGGUUUAAAGCAGUAGCUGCUAUAGGUGUGUUAGAAGUCCUUUCCCCAGACAAUUGAUUGAUUAAUUUAAAAACUUGGCUAAAGUGGGAAAUCAUAAAAGAUGACACAAAUAUACCUUAAAUAUUUUAUAUUUUCAUCGAAAAUGAAAGCUUACAUUGGCACCUUUUGAUGUAAAGCAGAGGCUUUUUUUCUUUGAACCUGGGGCCGCCAACAGGAGUUAUCUGGUGCAUUUCUUGCAUAAACCACACUCUAGUGACUUGUCUAUGAUAAUUAAUGUCCUUCUCUUUGAAGUCGAGCAGGUCUAGAGACAUCUACCAAUCAAUCUGUCUGUAAAAUUCUUUUAUAUUUUUAUGAUUCCUCUCCCUUCAAACUCAUAUCAACUAUAUGAAUGGAUUGCUCUCAGUGGAUUUGAUGACAAUUUUUAAAACUAUUCAACUCGAGUCCUGCUACCUGCAGGACAGGCCAAUAAAUCAAGAGAUGAUUUGCUGGGACAAGGAAUAGAGACUUUAUUCAGAAAGCCAGCCACCCAAGAAGAUGGUGGACUAGUGUCCCAAAGAACCAUCUUUCCUGAUUAGAAUUCAGGCUUCUUUUAUACUAAAAGGGGAGGGGGUGAGGUUGGUUGCUGCAGACUUCUUGGUGUAGGAAUCCUUUGCUCUUGCAGCUGGCCACAUAAGUCCCGUCACAAUGUACCUAUAAACCUCCAACGAGAUAAGUGUUAUUCUCUGUUCUGCAACCUUUGGUCUCUAUAUGAAUGGAAAAGUGUUAUACCUUUAGAGGUCAGAGCCCUGAGAAUGGGCUAGCCUAUAUAUUUCAGGCUAUAGGCAACAUUCUUAACUUGUAGCAAAAGCAACAGAAUACAAAAGUUAAAGAAACAGAUCCAAUAUGGAGUCAGAUUUGUUCUUCCCUACUACACCAUGGGUUCCAUUUCUCUUUUUUUGCCUGUUCCACACUACUCUUUCCUACUGAGAGUUUGUAAUGGAACAAGAGGCAACAAAGCAUUGUGCAGAGAUGGGUGUUGGCCUUAUUCCAGCCUUACAGAUUUGUUGCAGGGAUUAUGAUGAAUAAAUGUAAAGAAGCCAGCACCGAGCCCUGCACUUGGCAGGUGCUCAAUCAACAAUAGCUAUUGUUUGGGACUGACAUAUAUACAUUAACAUGUAUGAAAUAGAUAACUAAUAAGAACCUGCUGUAUAAAAAAUAAAUAAAAUAAAAUUAAAAAAAAACUAUUCAACUCUUUCUAGUCCUUGAAACCAUUCAACUUAAUUUUUAAAAAAGCUCCAUUUUCCCCCAAUUCAUUUCUCAGUUUAGAUGAUCUGUAAUCAAAUAGAGCUGUAUAAAAUGUUUUGGAAAUAAAAGCAACUGACUCUUGGUAAGCAUAUAACCCAACUGGUAGGAACAGAGUGGGUGGGCACACCCGAAAGUGGCCUGCCAGCCACAGAUGCCCACCCUGCCAGGUGGGCACCUGGCAGCAUGUUUUAAAGGCAGGAUGGGGCCCACUGGGCAACCGGUGUGUUGGUUAAGUGGAGGCUGGUUGAGAGCAUCUUCUGUAAACAUUGAAAGUAGACCACAGUCAUAUCACACUGUUUGGCAUUUUUUCAUAUUUAAAAUACUACUGGGACCUUCCAAAAGUAGAAGUGGCUUGGAUCUCUUUCAACCUCUGAAAACCUGCUGCCCGCCUUGUGAAGAAGCCCCCAUCCCCUUUCCCAUCCACUUUCUCAUGAUGCUAUUAAUUUUCUCUGUUACAUGUGUCACCACAAGGUUGUCUAUUUCACAGUCUGUGUUCUUGAUUACUUUCUGUAACCGGCCCCCCUGACUCCACUGGAAUGUAAGCUCCACGAGGGCAGAGCCUGUGCGGUUCCUACUCUUGGCGUUUCCAGCAUCCCCAGCACCCAGCAUCUGCCCAGCACAUGGAGGGGCGGUAGUUUUGAGUAAAGGAAUCAAUGCCCCACAUGGCUUAGUUAACUGUAACUCUUACAUAGAUGUAAAAGACUGUCCUUUUAGAUAGUGGGCAAUGGUGUCUUUUCUCUCAAUGUGUUCAAGUAGUGCAGGACUUCUUCAUGAUUUUUCUUGUUGUGAAAGUGUUUGACCACUGUUUGGACUUCC